AUGCAGCGACGCGGAAAGCAGGCAUUAGGGAGGGUGUCUGCUUUGCAAUUGAGCAGCAAUGCCAGUACAGAACGGAGUUAUGGCCUUGAUGUGGAUGAGCGCCGACCUUCUGUGCACAGCGCCCCACCGCAACAGGUCCACUUCGGCUCAGAUACACGUCUCCCUCCGCCAUCGUACUUGUUCCGUGCAUCGGAACGCGACGCACGUGAAGGCGGGCAUGAUCAUGACGAUCUAAAGCGCCGUACGGUCUCGUCGAUGCAGCCUGAAAUGCAGGGAUAUCUCCCCACUCCUGGUGGCACACCUCGUGUAUUCCUGCCUCAAAAUGCAGCGCUUCCGUCCCCAGCUUACCAUACUUGUCAUAUCGGUCAGGGUAUGAUGCAAGCAAACAUGGAUCGCACGAAUGGUGCUGCUGAUACAUCCUCGCGGACGGCCGAUACCUCGAUCGAUGGAAGUACCAUACAGCCCAAGUCACCUGUGAACAAGAUGAACUUCCUCUCUCUUUUUGCAGACUUUUAUGACUCCCUGUCGGAUAGUCGAUCACUAAAAGCCACGUUGGAGCAUCAGAUUCGGGCCAGCAAUACAUUGCUCCAGACGCUACAGCGAUCCAGCAAGGUGCUCGAAGAAGCGGUGGACCAGCGGUUGCAACAAGAAACGAAGGCUUGGGAGACGCGGCUCCAACGAAUGGAAUCUCGUUUGAACGAAUUAGAGGCAAGGUUGUCAUCGUCCAAGUCGGACAAAACUCUGUCGCCCAAGAAUGGUUCAUGA